UUCCCGUGCGCCACGUUUGUAGCGCCCCUCCUUCUCUUCUUCCUUCUUCCCCGAGGGGAGCCGCGUCAAAGCAACCAAACCUGUGUGAGCUCCCCUCUCCCCUCCCUUCCCCCUCCCCUCUCUCUCUCUCUCUCCUCCUCGUCCUCGUCGAUUCCUCGCACCAUCUCCUAUCCUGUAUCCCCGCCGCCGCCACCGACGGCGAAUCGGCGGGGCGCCGCCCCGAAUCUCCGCCCUCCGCGCUCAGAUCUCCCCCCUCCGCGCUUCCGGAUGUCAUGAGCCGCCCCCAUUUGCCCAAGGACCCGACCUUCCCGCGCACCAAUGGGUCCUUGGACGGCGGGGCCCGCGGCCUCGGCGAGAUCGAGGAGGUGGGCGCUGCGGCCACCGUAGCCGUCGAGCAGUCGCCGCCCUCGCAGUCCUCGUCCCCGUCGGCGUCGUCGCCGCCGGCGGCGAUGUCGUCGUGCGGGCAGUACAUGCUACACCGGGUGCGCAAGCUGGACACCCUAGCGGGCGUCGCCAUCAAGUACGGUGUCGAGGUAGCCGACAUUAAAAGGCUGAACGGCCUCUCAACUGACCUCCAGAUGUUUGCACACAAGACACUGCGGAUUCCACUCCCGGGGAGGCACCCUCCGUCGUCUUACCAGGAGAAUGGUUCAUAUGAGAGUGACGACAGGGAAUGUACUCCACGCCGCAUUCACGAAGAUAUCUUGGAUUCAAUUUUGAAAACACCAAAGCCCAAAGUUUCGCCAGCUAUGAGUCUUCUGCAGGGAUACUAUGGCCUUGCACCACCUCCAAAGAGAGAUCAAACAAGUGAAGGCACUGAAAUGGCAGUUUACAGUAAAGGCAAAUCUGCUUUUUUGGAUGUUGAGCCGUGGCUGGAGCCACCAAAUUCCGACCCAUUCCCUCUUCAGAAUAGGAAAACCAGAAGCUUGAUGAUAGGUUCUUCUCUUGACGGUGAUACUGAUGAGAAUGGUGACAGUGAAAGGUUCAUAAGGCGGCGCCAGAAAGCUGAUGGUGAGCUGUUACCGAGGGAGGAAAAUGGUGGUGACUUUCUGGCAAGCGCUGGAAAAGGCUUGGCACUGAGGCCAAAGUCUAGCAAUCGACCAGACAUGAACAAGAGCCAGCAGAAUCUUUUUGUGAUGGCGGAGCCUUUGUUUGUCAAUGGUGUGCAAACUGUAAGGAAAUCAUCCAGCACUCCAGAGUUCCAGGAGCCAGAGACCAACACCAGUUCAUCCAUAUGGUCAGCGAGCAAGUGGAGCAUAAAUACAGAUGCUUUCGCUCUUCCUCUCCCCAUCCCUCGUUUUGACAACAUUCCAAAGCCCAUUGCUGCUUGGAGAAACAAGGCGGCUCGCGACUAAUAAACUGCUAUAUCUUGGCUAUGUGCUUGAUUUUUCCUGAACUCGAGGCCCAGAAAAGUGUCCAUGAAGGAGCUUACCAGUCUUCACAGCUUUGGAAGCAUAGCAGGACCGCGAUUGGCUCCUGCUAGUUAGAACAUUCUGAAGAUCAGACACAUGUGUCUAGUUGGAACAUUCUGAAGAUCAGACGCAUGUGUCUAUAUGUUUCCAGAUGGUAUCUAGAUUAGGUUUACAUGAUUCUCAUGUUAUAUUGGGCUUAUGUUGCGCCAAGAGUAGCAACGUUAAUAUUUGGCCAUAUAAAUUAUAGAUGCUAGAUGACAUAGAGGAGACUUGAUAUUUGAGGAGGAUAUUCUUUUGUACACAAUGAGAUAAUGUAGAGCAUCAAAGGGCGGUUAUAUAUGUGUUGUAUGUGUGAUCCCAUACCCUAAUAUAGAGGAGGUUGGCUUUGUUUAACUCCAGACUAAGUUCUUUUAA